AAAUCUAAUAUCAGUAUUUUUACUUUCAAGGAAUAUUGUAUAGCAGACUUAACUCGUCACAAAGAUAACAAAGUUGCUCUUCGUUGGCGUACUAAGAACGAGGUCGUUACAGGGAAAGGACAGUUUCAAUGUGGAAGCAGAAAAUGUGAAGAGAGAGAAAACUUGCGAAGCUGGGAAGUUAAUUUUUCAUAUCGGGAGCAAGGUGAUCGUAAAAAUGCACUGGUCAAAUUGCGGCUAUGUUCUCUGCAUUCAGAUCAAUUAAAUUACACAUCGCGGAAACGAGAAGUUAAGCACUUAAAAAGAUCUACUGAACGUCAAAUCAAAAAGAGUAAACUUAAAAUGCAGAUUGAUGAAAACGAUCUUCGAUCUGAUGACAAUACAGUGAAAAAGUCUCUGCCAAUCGGUACUUGUAGUAAACCUUUAGAUGAUGAGACUCAUGAAAGUCAUGGUAACAUUUGGGAUCGAAAACCAGACGUGAAUUUUGAAACAGCUUCACGAGAAAAUGACUUUGAACGCUAUAUAGAGGACCUUUUGCUAUAAUGUACAACACAUAUCUUGUUUUGUUGCAAAUAAUGUUAUACAAUACCUAUACAGUGAUGUUCCUUGAAAUAGAGGCACGACGUUUUGAGUA